AUGGAUUCUUUACCUUUCUCUAUGAACGGCUCUCUACAAACACAAAUUUGGGAUGACAUGCCAUGUUUGAAUCACUCGCUUCUCACUUCUCAGCUCGGAUUUCUGUCCUGUUCACAGCGUCGUGAACAAGCCUGGAGGGCUGGCUUCAACGCUGGCUUUGACGAAGGGUAUCGCAAAGGCACUGAUGCACGUACUCAAGUCAGUGGAGACAGCUUCACGGGGGUUUCAGAAAUCCAAUCCGUUGGCCUUGGCCAUUACUCAAAAAUGGAGCCUCAGGAUAUGCCGCUACUUCACUGGCCGGUUCUGGAAACAACACAGCACAUUCCUCCUGAUUUAGCCAUGUUCAUUCCGGCGGGCAGCACUGCUGGCAGUUUCGGGAUGUCGAAUUUCGGCAUUGGCGGAGACAUGUCCUUUGACAGCCAGAAGCCCUCCCUAGCGCUUGACGCUGAGCCGAUCUCUCAAAACUCACCAGCCACCUCCAAUUCUAUCAAUCUGAUUCCUCAUCACUCACCACCGUACGCCGGUGACUCUUCAAAUGGUGAGGUGUUAUACCUAGCGGGCAAAGCUGCUAGCUAUAAGUUGCCUCCUGAUGAGAAAAACACCGCGCAUCCCGACCAGAACUACCUUCUGACCUUCCUCGCUUUGAGCGAGGAGCGUGCUUUCAAAGUCACCUCUCCCCCCCUUGGUGCGCAGAUAAUGGAAGACCCUAUCCCUUCAAGCGUGGACAUCAACACAACGGGAACCAAAACUACCACUACCAACAAUUUGGAACUGGCGGAUUGCGCACCAAGAAUCUAUCCGGCUCCUGAUAGUGCGCCAAUAUACUCCUCCGUCGAUGAAACCCUAGCAGCGUCCCCCAUAUCCAACUCCCGGUCCAUCAAUCCUCUGGGUAGCCACUCUGCUGGCUACUCUAUCGGUUCUUCCGCAACCACCGAUGGCUUUGCUUCCUUCACUGAUUCCGCUAUUGGAUCUGGCUCCACUGGUGCCUCCUCUGCUGCCACUAGUGUUAGUUCAGGCUCUCCCGGUGGCUGUCCUUCUUUCGCUGCCUUCCCUAUUCGUUCUGGGCUCUCUGGUGCCUCAUCUACUACAACCCCCAUUCUUUACGACUCCCCUGGUGCCUCCUUCGCUUCCCUCUCGACUCUAUCGCCUUCUGGAUUAUGGUUACAGCCAAUCAUACAAGAAGAAUCUACCCGUUUAGAUGUCGCGGAAAGCUGCAGAGAAGAGGACGAUGGUAUUGCUUUGCCAGACGGAAAGGAGCCUCCAGAUUCAACCAACUCCCCUCCCGCCAUGUGCACGCUCAACGACAUUAGCCGGAAGAUGAUGCCAAGCGGCCAACUUGAAAAUGAUUCAUCAAAUGACUCACCUGCCCACAAUAACCCGAACGACGAAGAUGAUACAAGGGAAAGUUCCCCUGCGCUUAGUUUAGCAUAUGCUACUACUCGCAAGAAACUUGCCAUCAUUGAUGUCAAUGGGGAUGGCUCUUGGACCGAGAUUGAAUCACAGGAGUUGGAAAAUGAAGAAUUCGGAGACUUGGAGAAGCCCCAGGGAUGUCGAAAGCGGCAGUCGCAUCAACCCUUAUUCAAUGAUAGACCGAAAAGGGCUAGGCAUGUGACGCCUGAAGCGACUCCUGAAGCGACGCCUGAAAAACGGUAUUUUAGUCUCAAAUCUAUCAGACUUCAAAACCAGAACGACCGGAAGAAGCAAGAGAUUCAUUGGAGUACGCGUGGUCGUUGUUGGCUCGAUCAAGCAACAAGGAAAGUGAUUGAGGGCAAUUCUUUACUAAAGGAGUGCUGUUUACUGUCUAUCAAGAUUCAAAUUCGUCUCGACUGGCCUCUUAUGAUCUUAUCUAAACAAAAGGGUGGAUGGGAAGGCUCCAAUGCCCAGGGUGAUUGUAGGCUGCAGGUCAAUACUGGAGAUAUUGAGGAUGCAAUACGGCAAUCUUUAGGUACAGUUGAGGGGAAUUAUACAGGGAUACCUCUAUAA